AAGACAAAACCAACAUUUUAUGGAUAUAGAAAAUAUAAAACUCUUGCGGUUCUUAUUGUAGCUUGAGUCUGAUGGGUACCUACUACCUACCUGAUUAAAGGAAAAAAAUAUCUGGUUUGGAAACCGAAAUGGUGACUAUGUGUUCCUGCGUUUGAGAGUCCACCAGGCAACGAAGCUGAUGACAGAUAUUUAUGCCAUGGGUAGCGUUACUCCUCUCCUUACUCCAUACAAGAUUGGGAAUUUAGAUUUAUCACACAGGGUUGUGUUGGCGCCACUAACAAGGCAGAGGUCCUACAACAAUGUUCCACAGCCCCAUGCAGUUUUAUACUACUCCCAGAGAACCACCAAUGGCGGCCUUCUCAUUGCGGAAGCCACUUGUAUAUCCCCCACUGCUCGCGGCUAUGGGGAUAUUCCCGGGUUGUGGAGCGAGGAGCAUGUUCAUGCAUGGAAGCCCAUCGUGGACGCUGUUCAUGCCAAGGGCGGCAUCUUCUUCUGUCAGAUUUGGCAUGCUGGAAGAGUCUCCAACACAUGUUAUCAGCCAAACGGUGAAGCCCCUGUAUCUUCUACGGACAAGCAACUCUCACCACAACCUCGAGGAAGUGGCACCGAAGUCAAUACCUUCGCAAAACCAAGGCCGCUAAGCAUCCACGAAAUUCCUCAACUUAUCAACGACUUCAGACUUGCUGCUAGAAAUGCUAUUCGAGCUGGUUUUGAUGGAGUGGAGAUCCAUGGGGCUUACGGCUACCUACUUGAGCAGUUUAUGAAAGACAAAGUGAAUGACCGAACAGAUGAAUACGGUGGAUCUCUUGAGAACCGUUGUCGAUUUCCAUUAGAAGUUGUUGAGGCAGUUGUGAAUGAGAUAGGAGCUGAAAGAGUUGGAAUCAGACUAUCACCUUAUGCGGAGUAUCUAGAUUGUGGAGACUCCAACCCUGAAGCAUUGGGGCUUUACAUGGUUAAUGCACUCAAUAAAUAUGGUAUUCUCUACUGUCACAUGGUUGAACCGAGAAUGAUAACCGUUGGAGAAAAAGGUGAAUGCCCUCACAGUUUGGUUCCAAUGAGAAAGGCCUUCAAUGGCACUUUUAUAGUUGCUGGAGGGUACGAUAGAGAAGAUGGGAACAAAGCCAUAGGUGAGGACAGGGCAGAUCUUGUUGCUUAUGGUCGUUGGUUCUUGUCUAAUCCGGAUUUGCCAAAGAGAUUCGCACUUAAUGCACCUCUCAACGAGUAUAACUGCCAAACGUUUUAUACAUCUGAUCCUGUUAUUGGUUAUACUGACUAUCCAUUUCUUGAUGAUGCUGCUGCUUCCCCUAUGUAAUGCAAAGUCGAUUAUUCUCACUAGAUUCAAA